AUGGCACUGGAUGAGAGUAAAGACACACUACAAACCCCAGAAGACCCUCAUACCUACCCCGAAGGUGGACGCGAUGCCUGGCUGGUAGUGUUUGGGGCGUGGUGCGGCCUGACUGCUUCAUUGGGCAUUUACAACACGUCUGGGGUCUUUGAAGUUGUCAUUUCUCAGGUUAUUCUUCCCCAAGACUCGGCAUCUGCCCUCGGUUGGCUAUUUUCCACUUACGCCUUCGUCAACUGGAUCUUCGGCGUGCAAGUAGGGCCUACUUUUGACGCCAUUGGUCCACGGCCCCUGAUUGCAGCCGGCACUAUAUGCACUCUGGUUGGCAUCUUUACACUAAGUAUAUGCACGGAAUAUUACCAGAUUCUCCUGUCAUUCUCCAUCUUGACGGGUAUCGGAUCUUCCCUCCUUCUGACUCCAUCCAUGGGCUGUGUCGCCCAUUGGUUCAUGAAACGUCGUGGCCUCGCCAGUGGCAUAGCGUUUAUCGGCGGCGGGUUUGGCGGCGUACUCUUUCCCCUCAUGAUGCAAUCCCUGCUUCCCCAAGUUGGGUGGGCGUGGACGGUUCGUGUCUUGGGCUUCUUGUUGAUGGUUCUCUGUGCUGUCAGCAUUGCCUUUUGCCGAAGCCGAAUCCCCCCACGAAACGGGAAUGCCACAACUUGGCGAGAUACGCUACCCAACCAUCGAAUCUUCCUUGACGGGACGGGAGCGAUGGGGGCUACCACUGCAGGGGUUCUGCUGACAGACUUGGCGUACUUUAUUCCCAUCGCCUAUACACCGAGCUACUAUAUUGAUCGGCAAGGUCUAUCUGCAGAGGAGUCCCUAAACGGCUCAGCCGCUUUUGCAUAUCAACUGCUUGCUAUUCUUAAUGCGGCAUCUUGCGUUGGCCGAUGUGUGGCGGGCGAUCUCGCCGAUCGGUUUGGGAGAUACAACACCAUGAUUGUCUCUCUUCUGCUUUGUGCCAUUUCCGUCUUGUGUUUGUGGCUGACGGAUAUCAUGUUGCCUGGUCUGGGGAGCGACGGGCUUCUCAUAGCCUUUGUCAUUUUGUUUGGCUUUCAAAGUGGCUCAAACGUUAGUUUGACGCCAAUCUGUCUUGGCCAGCUCUGUGAAACGGAAGAUUACGGGCGAUAUUACGCAAGCUGCUUCACAGUGGUCGCGUUUGGUGUGCUAGCAAGCCUACCAAUAGCCGGAAGCUUGCUCAGUGCGACUGGGGCAACUGGGAAAGAAAAGUAUUGGGGAGCUGCCGUGUUUACGGGGCUGAGUUACGUGGCUGCCCUUCUUUGCUUUGUAUGGGUAAGAGUUAAGCUCAAGGGCUGGUCAUGGAGGAUCAAGUGGUGA